CUGCCGACAUUACAUUAAAUAAAACUUGAACCAACAACUUGAACGAUCAUAUUUAUUUUCUAAAUUAAGUAAACCUGCCAGCAAAAUGCCGCCGAAAAAGAAGGGAAAGAAAGGAAAGGACAAGGAAGUGAAUAAAAUGGCCAUGGUUGAUCGUACAUUUUAUGAGCUAACCAUAACCGAUUUAAAUCAGAAGUUGGCUCGUCUUCGAUCCCAUGUGUCUGGUCUGGAUGAAUCGAAUGUGGGAUUGUCGGAGAAAUUAAAAGAAAUUCAGGACGAUCGCACGGAUGUGGCAGCUCAUUUGGAACGUGUAUUAGCCGAUCGGAAUACCGUUAUAAUAGAGCUGGAAGAGCGGGUAGUGGAGAUAACAAAAGGGCGUGAGGAAGAGAAAAGACAAGCUGAGGAGAAGAUAACUGAUUUAGAGGCCAAAUAUAAGGCCAUGCAUGAUCAGCUAAGUUCAGAGAUUAAAUUGCUCAAUGGUAAAUUAAAUUCGCUGGAUGAAUUUCGUCUACAACGUGAUGUAUUGUUGGCCAAAUUCGAUAGCCAGGAGGCUGAUCUUAAGGAGAAGGAGAGAGAACAAAAGGAGGCUCUUUACAAUAUGGAACAGAAGGCGGUGGUGGAAAAAGAUGCCCUCAAAAAGGAAGUCGAACAGAAGCUACUUCAAGUAUCCGAGGAUUUCACACGUUCCAGUGAGAUACGAAAUGCUGGAUAUACACGUCGUCUGAUACGCGAGAAUAUUGCUCUGCAAAAGGAAAUCGACUUGCUGGUAAUGUCCCAGAUUAAGCUACAACAGCAAUAUAACAAUCAAAAGGAAAAGCACAAGGAGAUGGGUGAGCAAUAUAGUGCCCUGGAUCAAAUUAAAAAUGAAUUGGUACGCAAUUCAGUGAACAAAAUCAAAAUAAUCGAAGGUCUAACAACCAACUACGAAAAACUAAAGGCAAAGUAUGUAGAGGUGCUGCGAUACCGCAAGGCUUACGAAGCUCAACAGCAGACGGAGCAGUGUGACCAGGUCAAGCAGAAGGAUGUCAUGGGCAAGCUUAGAGCUCUGGCAAAGCGCAUGGAGAUCAUGACUUUGGAGAAUAAGCAUCUCGUUGUGACCCACGAACAGCAUGAACUGGAGAUACUUCGUUUGCGAGGCAUUAUACAGCAGAUAAAGGUUACGGUGCGUGAUGCCAUUAUAGCGGAAAAGAGUGCCAAGUUGUUCCCCGAGCGGCUGAUUAUAGCCAACUUGGAUACGCCGGAGGUUAUUGAGGAAGUCCGUGAAGAUGCCAUGGCUCUUUGUAAAUUAACACGCAUUGAUUUACUCUCCAAGUUGAUGAAUAUUGUUAGCUCCCACUCUGAGGAGUUGCCUCGCACACCCUCAAUCGGUUCGAUUGGCAGUGCCACCUCUUCGCUUUAUGCACCUGGUAAAAUGGGCUUCAUGCCCCGUAAACCCAAGCCCACUCCCUAUGAAAUAUUCCGCAGUGAAGUUGUCGAUCAUGUGGUGGAGCUGCCCGACUAUUUGCAAAAGCACAGAGAGGAACAGAAGGCCCAGGAGAGAAAACGCGUUGGCGACGAGUGUUCCAUUAUCGAUGUGGAAUUCGGAACUACUCUCUACGUGUCAUCGUCACGCGAAGAUGAUAUCAUCGAAAUGGAAGAGGAACCUCUGGAAGAACCAGAAGGAUCUACCAGCACAAUGUCGGUUCAACAAACCAGCACUGAAGGUAGUGCCCCUCCACCAGUCCUGGCACCCUUGGUUAAAGAAAUAUCCGCUGAGAUGAUUCCCGAAACAAAAUCUGCUCGCAGUAUUAUCAGUCUGAAUACUGGAAUAACCAAUACUAGUCAAAUGUAUGAAGAGGGCUCCCUCGGGGAAGAGGAAGAUGAUUUUGAAAUCAAUUUGUUUUAUUAAAGAAGUUUAAUAUGCCACUUAGUUGGGGAUUCUAUGGAUUAAUAAAAUUUUUGUUUCCUAACUCCAA